AUGGUGUGCCCCCACCGGCGGCUGGCAACGCUGACGAAGCAGCUCACCGGCCAUGUCAAUGCCGGCCGUCACCGCGACGCGCUCGCCUUCUUCGCGCGCAUGGCCGCCGACCCAGCCCUCCCGCCGCUCGCCGACCCGUCCUUCGCCUACGCCUUCCCGCUGGCGCUCAAGUCCUCCGCCGCGCUCCGCCGCCCCUCCGCCGCCGCCUCCCUCCACGCGCUCGCGCACAAGUGCGGCGGCGUCCUCCAAAGCCCGUUCGUGGCCUCCGCGCUCGUCGCCUCCUACGGCGCCUGCGCCUCCCCCGACGCCGCGCGCAGCCUGUUCGACGAAUUGCCCUGCCGCAACGCCGUCGUCUGGAGCGCCAUGAUCUCCGUGUACGUCCGCUCGGGCGACGUCGCCGCGGCGGCGACGGCGCUCGCCGACAUGGACGUCGCGCCCACCGCCUCCUGCUUCAACUCCGUGAUCGCGGCGGUGGCGGAGUCCGGGCAGCAUCCAGGCCGGGCCGUCGAGCUCUACCGGCAUAUGGCAGGUAUGGGCGUCAAGCCCUCGCUCAUCACUCUGCUGGCCCUCGUCCCCGCGUGCGCCGCCAUGGGCGCGCUGGGCUCCGUCAGGGAGGUGCAUGGAUUCGCGGUCCGGCACGGCAUGUCCACGAGCUGCCACCUGGGAAGCUCUCUCAUCGAGGCGUACGGGCGGUGCGGCUCGUUGGUUGGCGCGCAGAGGGUUUUCGACCUCGUGGAGGACCGCGAUGUUGUUGUCUGGAGCUCCGUCGUGUCGGCGUACGCGUUCCAUGGCCACGGGGAUGUCGCGAUGUCUCUUUUCGGGCGCAUGGAGCUGGACAACGUGCGGCCUGACGGCAUCAUGUUCCUCGGCGUGCUAAAGGCCUGCGGCCAUGCUGGUCGUGCGGAUGACGCGUUGAACUAUUUUGACGUGUUAACCAAGACAUAUGGGGUGGAAGCGUCUGGAGAUCAUUACUCGUGCUUGGUCGAUGUCUUGGGGCGGGCAGGAAGGUUGCAGCAAGCUUAUGAUGUUAUACGGACAAUGCCGGUUAGGGUUACCGCGAAAGCCUGGGGUGCUCUCCUCGCUGCUUGCAGGAAGUACGGGGAUGUGGGGUUGGCAGAAAUUGCAGCAACAGCGUUGUUUGAAAUUGAGCCGGAGAAUGCAGGGAACUUUGUUUCGCUUGCAAAUAUCUAUUCAGGCUUGGGCAUGCAUGAGGAGGCAGAGCGGGUGAGAAGGGACAUGGAGCAACGGGGUGUGCAAUUAUCACCUGGAAGCAGUUGGAUGAUACACCACAAGUCAAGUGAACCUUUCUGAAGAAGUAGGCUCAUAUUUUGGAAGUUAUAUCAGAGACUGACAUCAAAGUUUACUUGGAUACACAAUUUCUAUGUCCAUGAAAAGAAACAUCAAAUUUGCUUCUGGGAAUGGUGGAUGAAGAUAGUCUAUGCGUCAGAAGCCAUGAACCUGUACUAGGUGGACAUUGAUUUUCAGUGUCAAUUGUCAAAUUUCGUUCUAGCAGUGAACCCAUCACCAUAUUAUUUACACAUUUCCUACUUCAGUUUUAAAUGUCAUUUUCUGACAUCAUAUUUAUUUAUACUCAUGAAGUAGAACCAUAAA